UGGUUCCCAAUAUGAAAGUUGCGCAGAUAUUUUUAACAAAGUAGAUGACGUAGAAGACGGUGUAUAUGAGAUAUACGUGGGCGGUCAAAAAAAAGGAAGUGUUCUGUGACAUGACUACGGAGGGAGGCGGUUGGACGGUCAUUCAAAAAAGAAUCGAUGGAUCUACGGACUUUUAUAAAACCUGGGAAGAAUACAAAAAUGGAUUUGGAGACCCGUGCAAAAACUACUGGAUUGGAAAUGACGCAAUUCAUACUUUAACAAAGACAAAGAAUCAAGUACUUUCGGUUGGACUUCAAAGUUUUGAUUGUGACGAGACGCGUGUUUUGUAUUACACAUUUGCUGUCGGGGAUAGGGAAAAUAAUUACAACCUCACUGUAUCGGAUUUCACAGGAUCAGCAAGAGACAGUUUUUCUCCUCACAACGGAAUGAUGUUCUCUACAUGGGACAGAGAUUAUGACACCAUCUAUCUUAACUGCAGAAUCCUAUCAUGGAGCCUGGUGGUACAACAAUUGUUAUGACUCAAACCUGAACGGAAAGUAUCCUGGAUCUGCCCAGAAUGGUGGCAAAUUCAUGAUUUGGAAUGGAUGGAAAUAUCAGGCGCUAAAAGGAUCGUUGAUGAUGGUGAAACCCAAAUAGGUGGAAUUCUGCAGCCCAUUUCACAGUUCUAAUUGUUCCUCGAGUAGUGAACAGUAUCAUUCUCUUUAAAACAAUCGUUGAAUUGUUUUCUGUUUAUAAGUAUAAAGUACUGAAACUACCGAUGUUUUGUUCUAUUGACUAAAUAAUGCAAACUAUGCAAUA